AUGAAACAAGAUAUUUUAAUAAACUUAAGUAUUAAAAAUCAUUUUUGUGUGAUCCAAUUUAAAAUGCCGAGAGGACACGGUGAUACUGUGAGCUCCUGCCAUUUUGGCUUUGAAGACACAAAAAUACUUUCAUGCUCUUACGAUAGAACAGUGAAGCUCUGGGAUGUUGAGAAAGGGUUUCCUAUUCAGGUUUUUGAAGAACACACCACCCCACUUUCUGAGUGCGACUUGACUUCUGGUGACAGAAGAGUGAUAACAUCAUCAUAUGAUAACACUGUCAAGGCUUGGGAUAUGGAAACAGGAAAAAUGCUUUGGACAGUAGAACAUGAAGGCUUUGCAACCUCAGGUAAUAUUUCUUGUGAUGGUAGGUAUGUGGUAUCUGGUUCAGACAAAGAAAUUACUAUAUAUGUUUUUGAUGCAGUAAGUGCAACAGUAGUGGCACAUAUCCAAGGUCAUCACAAAAGUACAGUCACAAGAUGUUGUUUUGACCCUGAUAACCAAUGCGUGACUUCAGUAUCAUACGAUAAGACCAUAAAGCUAUGGGGUAUGAUUCUAUGAUCCACCUCAAUUACAACUAAUGAGGGACACACCAAUGCUACCUCAGAUUGCUGCUUUACCUCUGAUGGUCAUUACUCGUGCAAAGCAUGCUGGGACAAAAGCUUAAAAAUAUGGGACAUGAAGACAGGAGAAUUCCAGUGUCAUGAACCCAUUUCCUUGAACCAAGGACAUGAAGGUUCUGUUAGUUCCUGCCUUUUUAGCCAAGAUGCAUCACUUGUUCUGUCUGGUGAAUAUGAUGAAACUAUAGCUAUAUGGGAUACAGAGGCAGGCUAUAAAAAGCUAAGCUUAAAGGGUCAUUGGGACUGGAUGACAGAUGUUGUGAUUAGCAAAAACAAGAAAUGGAUUCUUUCAGCCUCAAAGGAUUCUACUUUGAGAUUGUGGCAUAUUGAAAAAAUGGCUCAUAUUACUUCAGUGAUAGAAAGCAGAAAAGCAAGAGGCUCAAAAAUUGCUCAGUGUGAAGAACAUGAAAAACCUUUCUUAUGCCUGCAGUGUAGUGAUGAGAUGAUAUCCAAGUGUGUAUUCUGUUAUCUGUCUUCUCCAGUGAGAAAAAUUUUGCCAUUGCCACCUUCUGUUUCUCCUGAUGUUUAA